UCUGUCUUCCCACACCCUUAAGUCCCUCUGCUGCCAAUGCUCCCUCCCUGCCCUUCUGGGCACCGGGACUCUGUCACCUGGGCGCCCAGAGCUGCACAGGGCAUGGUAGUGUGACGCAGAUGCCCCUGACACAGAGCUCUGAUCCCACAGAGCUGCUACAAUGAUGUGGAGAGCCAUAGGAUCAUCAGGACCAGCAGUGGAGAAAGUGCUGCCAACCUUGAUCUGCGUGAUGCAGUCCUGGCCACUGUGCAGCAUCCGCACCUCUGAUGCGGACAACAAGGAAGUUUUUGCCCUGGCUGCCACCCUGGUGGUGUGGGUGAUUGUCCAGGUGCCUGAGUGCCACGAGGCGAUGAUUCUUUAUUCCUCCCGCCUCUUUGUGGCUCUGCUCUUCCAUGUGGUCAUCACCACACAGCAGACACCAUCAGAGGAAGGAGCAGACUUCUGGAGAGCAUGUCGGGAGGAACAUCGCGUUCCCAGCGACCCCAACAGGUUUGCAGUGCAGGCCAUGAAGUCCCUGCUCUUCCAGCUGCGGUGUGACAAUGAGGUGAUGGCGAUGGAGCGCAAGCAUGGCUGGGACGGGCUGCUCUGUGCCCAGACCCAGCACUAUGCCAUGGGUCUGCUGGCCAGGGAGAUGCGCCGUGUCUUGAUCCCUUUGUGUUCCCACAUCGCACUCCACCUGCUCCAGCUACUCAGCCUAGAGGAGCCACGCUGGGAUCUGCCUUUCUUGGCAUUCUUUGUGGAGGUCCUUGAGUGCUUGGAUUUCACUAAAUGUGGUGACAGCGUCCAUGAGAUCGCAUCAAGGCACCUGCAGAGCGAGUGCAGGGAGAGGCGUCGCCUGGCACUCAGAGGCCUCAUGGUGCUCAGCAAGGAUCCCUUGAUGGCCAGAAGAAUUUGCAGCCUUUCUCAAAACCUUCUGGAGCUGCUGGGUGAUGCAGAUGGAGAUGUGGUCUUUCUGACCCUCCGUGUGUUCACUAAUCUGCUCCAGAACAAAAACAUCCUGGUAUCGAGCAGCACUGCUCCAAAGCUGGCUGAGGCACUCCUGCCACUCUUUGACCACGACAAUGGCCAUGUGGAGGUGCUCUCGCUUGACCUCUUCUUCAAGGUGAUGCAGUUGUCAGUGGAUGAGGCUAAAAAGCCCCUGGAGAAGAUUUUGAGCCAGAGCCUGCUCCCACUCUUCUUGCACUGCCAUGAUGAGAACCGGCGCGUGGCAAAGGCCUCGCGGGAAACACUUCUUCGUGUGACCGAUUUCCUGAAGAGGAGGAAUCUCAAGCAGCUGGUGAAGAAGGAGCAGCUGUUGACGUUUGCCAAGUGUCUGCUGCAAGAGAACCGGAGCCGAGCGGCCGAGCUCCUGCGCCAGGCCCUGCCAUACCUGGAGAGCCCCCAGGAGCCCCUGCGAAAGGCGGCCAUCAGGUUCAUCGAGAUGGCCGAGUAGCCCAUGAUAGAGCAGAAGGAAGCGCUCCGGGCCCUCAGUGAGGGCCCUGAAGCCCCAAGGAAUAAUGCCAUCCCAUCCUGCUCUAAUAUUGAAAUUCAAGCCCAAUAAGCCCUAAGAGCUGAAGACAUGGGGUCAUCUUCUGGAUCCAGUGAACCAGUGUCCCAAGAACAACACCCAGAGACACUGAAGAGGACACCACCUCCCAUUGCUGCUGCAGCUCCAAGCACAGCUGAUGAUUGGCACAGCUGAGCCUGUGGGACCAUUGCCCGGCUUCAGCCCUUGCUUUGUAGAUAGCUCCUUCCCUCCAGCCCUCAGAUGCUGCCCAUCGCCCUCCCUCCAUCCCUUUCUACACCUCCAUCUCAGUAGCCCUCAGACCAUGCCCAUUCCCUUUUCUCCUCCCAGAUUACCCCUUUUCUUUG